UUUUCCCUUCGCCGUGUAAGUAACCCUAUAAAACCAAUAAAACGAUAACGAUCAUCUUGAAUUCCCUGAAGGUAAACCUAAGGUAAGCUAGGGUUUUUCGCGGCCCCUUUCCUCUCCGGCGACCACCGAAGACCUUUCAAGCGAAUAAAAAUGACUAAACGUACUAAGAAAGCUGGUAUUGUUGGGAAAUAUGGAACCCGAUAUGGUGCUAGUCUUCGUAAGCAGAUCAAGAAGAUGGAGGUCAGUCAGCACAGCAAAUACUUCUGUGAGUUCUGUGGGAAGUAUGCUGUGAAGAGGAAGGCCGUUGGAAUUUGGGGCUGCAAAGACUGCGGCAAAGUUAAGGCUGGUGGUGCUUAUACAUUAAACACUGCCAGUGCCGUGACCGUCAGGAGCACCAUUAGGCGGCUGAGGGAGCAAACUGAGAGUUGAGGACCGGGAUGCUUUCUGUUUUUAUUUUUUGUCUGAGAGUCUUAAGUAUUUAAUCAGUUUUAACAAUUCAAAACUAGUGGGAGUGGUGGACACAGCACUUGAACCUGGAAUUACCUAGCUAGCUAGUGUUUUGGACAAGUACAAUUUUGUUUCGUUUGAGUGAAUGUUUAAUUUUCAUGACUAUUCACGUUUCAA